CCGACGGUCUGGAGCGAGUUCGGCGACCUCGCGCGGCGCGUCGACGCCUCCGGCGCCUUCGACGGCGGCGUCGCGAACCUGGGCCAGGGCUUCCCCGACUGGGCGCCGCCGCAGUUCGUGAAGACGGCCGCGCGGCGCGCGGCGAGCGACGAGUCGCCGGCGGGCCACCAGUACGCGCGGUCCGCGGGUCACAUCCCCUUGGUGCACGUGCUCGCGCGGCGCUACAGCAACCACAUCGGCCGCGACGUCGACGCGCUGUCGGAGGUCGCGGUGACGGUGGGCGCGACGCAGGCGCUGCUCGUGUCGCUCCUGGCGACGCUCGCCGCGGGCGACGAGGUCGUCAUCCCCGAGCCCUUCUUCGACCUCUACCUGGGCCAGAUCAAGCUCGCGGAGGGCGUCGCGCGGCCCGCGCCCAUGACCGUCGACGGCGACGGCGAGUGGCGUUUGACGGAAGCCGUGCUCCGCGGGGCCAUCACGCCCAAGUCGCGCGUCCUCGUCGUGAACUCGCCCCACAACCCCACGGGGAAGGUCUUCGACCGCGACGAGCUCGAGAUGAUCGCGCGCGUCGUCCGCGAGGAGAACGCGCGGCGCGAGCGGGACCGCGUCGGCGACGAGGACGACACGCUCCUCGUCAUCGCGGACGAGGUCUACAAAUACAUCACCCACGACGCCAACGCGGACCACGUCCACUUCGCGUCGCUGCCGGGCAUGCGCGACGUCACGCUCACGGUGUCCUCCGCGGGGAAGACGUUCUCGGCGACGGGCUGGCAGAUCGGCUGGAUCGUCGGCCCCGCGCGCCUCGUCGCGCCCUGCCAGACGCUGCUGCCCUACCUCCAGUUCUGCGCGCCGACGCCCAUGCAGGCGGCGUUAGCGGACUGCCUCGACGAGGCGGACCGGCCGCACAAGGGCCAGCCGAGCUACUACGCGUGGCUCCGCGUCGAGUACGCGCGGAAGCGCCAGGUGCUCGCGGCGGCGCUCGAGGCGGCCUGCAUCGCGCCCCUGCCGAGCCGCGGCGGCUACUUCGUCGUCGGCGACGUGUCGAGCCUGCUGCCCCUCGUGCCGGACCGCUACCGGCGGCCGGGCGGCGACGCGGUCGCGGCGGACUGGGCGUUCUGCCAGUGGCUCGCCGCGGAGCACGGCGUCGUCGCCAUCCCCGCGUCGCCCUUCUUCACGGACGCGCCGGAGCGGCCCCUCGUGCGCUUCGCCUUCUGCAAGACGGACGCGGUGCUCGCCGUCGCCGCGGAGCGGCUC